UUUAGAAUACAUUCUAUCCUCACCAGUUUAUUGUGCACUACCACCCGUAAUGUUACUUUUAUUGUGAAAUUAGUAAAAUUACACCGGCUGUGAACAAAUUACACUUAUUACAGCUUUACCUACGACGCAGCAGAUAAUUUUACAGCAAAAGAGUUACUUCUUGUAAUUAAUAACAUUUCGUACCACUUUUUCACUGAACUAAUAUGAAUUUGAGUUUGCCGCGCUCCGCUGGAACGGUUGUGUUGGUCUUCGCCCCAGCCAUCUCAACACGGGAAUGAUUGCGAUCCACUCCAUCCGGAUCCGGAUCCGCACAGUUCCACCAAAACACAGGCCGGAACAGUUGCACAUGGAUCACCUAUGCCCAAUACCCUCAAAUCCAAUGCCAUCGUGUGGCACCACUUCAGCAAAGAUCCGCAGGAGAAACGGGGCAAAUGUUUGCACUGCGGUCAGCUGAUAAGUUACGAAAAGUCGACCCUAUCGAACCUGCGCCGGCAUUUGUAUAGGAAGCAUGAGGAAGUGUUGCGACACGAGCGCGAUACGGAUACGAAACAGUUCGAGAGCGUACCGGUACACUACGUGUGGGAACACUUUAUCAAGCAGCCGGAGGAAAAGGCCAAAUGCGUUUACUGCUACUCCGUGCUGGGCUGCCCGAAGAACGUGGUGGGCAAUUUAAUACGCCACCUAAAGUCACGCCAUCCCUCGCUGGUGCUGGAGCAGCAACGCGGACAGGAGGCGCUGUUUGAGGAAGUGUCCCGCACCCAAUACCAUGCCGAAUCGAUCGAAGAUUCGUUAGGCACCAGCACCUCGCUGCAAGAGCUGGAGCUCGAACUGGAUGCUGAUCUCUUCUCGGCCGAAGUGCACCAGAUCGAUGGGACCAAUCUGCCUUCAUCGGUUAAGAUUGAGCUCGUGCAUCCAGAUACCGAAUCCUGUCCCGAUGACGCAGAUCAGGAAGUGAUCGAGGAGGAGAUUAUAAACGAAUCACAGCAGGAGAUCAAUUGUGAGGAUAUGGAUGCUUCCAGCCAGUAUGAGGAGCAUGUUCACCACCCGGACGAAAUGCUUUCCCCCCAGACGAUGGAAGAAUCGAUCGUACGCACCAGCACGUUGCCCGGGGAAAACAAGGAGCUGGAGCUGAAUGAAUCCCCGCGGCGGCAGGACAACUUCUUCUCCAUUGGUAUGAAAGACAUCAGCAUGAAGACGGCCAUCUACGCCACGAACGUUGCCAUGGAGCUGGAGGGUUUGCCGCUGCGGCAGCGGAUCUUUGCGCAAAAGCUGAUCGCGGAUGUGAUGUUUCACGCCAAGCUGGACAACCUGACGGAGUACGCGAUGAUACUGGGGAAGGUCAAUCGGCCAUUCGAUGUUUAACAGGGCGUGUGGUGUAGUGACGAUCUUUUUUAAGUCAUAUUUUACAUAGUCAUUUUAGUUUGUACAUAUUAAAUUAAGAAAAAAGUUAUUUUAAUAGAAAAAUCACUCAUUCGCGUUCGAACGUUCCAACGCGCACGAUCA